AUGGUCCACUUGAGCUUCAACUCUUCCUUGGCCUCGCCGGACGAUGUCGCAGACUUCCACGACGAGGAGCAGGACCCAGAUGUUCCAGAGGUGCUACCGCUGCGUUGCACGUGGGUCGUGUGGCAGCAGCGGGCUUCUUCUGGCAAGAGCGUCCCUUACGAGCAGUCCACGAAGCAGAUUGCCUCGAUGGAAUCCGUGGAGGACUUUUGGCGCACUUUCGACCGGUUACCGCAACCGAGCGACCUGCUGACAAGGCGCAUGGCAGAGAAGACUGAGGAGUUUCAGGAUGCGCCUCACGUCGUGGACGCCUUGAUGAUCUUCCGGGAUGGAGUGCUUCCACAGUGGGAGGAUGCAGCGAACUGCGAGGGUGGGCACUUGCAGUUCCACUUCAAGGCGUCCCUGGGCGGCGCGCAGCUGGACGAGUAUUGGAACAACCUCGUCCUGGGCACCGUGGGCGCCACCCUGGAGCCCAUCGACAUGAUCACGGGCCUGCGAUUGGUGGACAAAGUCACCACUGGCAAGGGAGGGGUCCCCAGCAUGAUCCGGAUGGAGGUGUGGUUUGGCAGCGCCAGUGAUGUGCAGGCCGUGGCCGCUCUGCAGCGGAACGUGGAGCGCUGCGUGGCCACGCGGACCUUGGAAGGCCGCCUUGGCGCGCUCCCGAAGGCCGAGUUGAAGCAUCACAAGAUGACGCGGCACCAGUGA